AUGAAUUAUUCUCGCUCUAUAAAUUCUUUGAAUUCUUUUAAUUCGUUUAAAUUACACCGAACUUUGGAGUACUUCGUGACAAAUAUUUGUAGUUUACCAGCAAGAAACCUAAGUUACAGACAUAAUGAAACUUUUAGAUCAAAGAAUUUAGGUGAAGAGAAAUUGUUAAAAACAAAAUUUAUAGGAAAAAUUAAUAAUCAAAGAACGAACCAAAACCAAAAGAAAUUGACUCAAACAAAACCUAUAAGAGAAAUUUAUAACCAAGGAGCGGGAAAAGAUCAAAGCAAAUGGAAUAGAACCGAAUCUUCAGGAUCAUUUCGUAAUCAAGGAGACCAAAAGACAUUUACGAGAACCGAAUCUACAGGAUCAUUUCAUAAUCAAGGAGACCCAAAGAAAUUUACGAGAACCGAAUCUACAGGAUCAAUUCAUAAUCAAGGAGACCAAAAGAAAUUUACGAGAACCGAAUCUACAGGAUCAUUUCGUAAUCAAGGAGAUCAAAAGACAUUUACGAGAACCGAAUCUACAGGAUCAUUUCAUAAUCAAGGAAACCCAGAGAAAUUUACGAGAACCGAAUCUACAGGAUCAUUUCGUAAUCAAGGAGACCAAAAGAAAUUUACGAGAACCGAAUCUACAGGAUCAAUUCGUAAUCAAGGAGACCAAAAAAAUUUGAUUAAAACCGAAUCAAUAGAGGAUAUUAAUAAUCAGGAAGCUGAUCAAAACCGACAGUUAAAGAAAAUUUCAGUUCAUGUACCCAAACAUAGAAAACCUAUCACUGAUACAGACUUUGGGUAUUAUUUGGCAGGUCUAAUUGACGGUAAAGGCAUAUUCACACCAGAUGGCGAGUUUCAAAUGUUGUUCCAUGAGUAUGAUUCACCCUUAGCUUAUCUUAUAAAAGAAAAAAUUGGUUUUGGCAAGAUUCGCAAAAACGAAAAAGGCCUUAACGAACAAAGCACUAUAUAUUUUGUGUCUAGAUUGGAUGCUAUGAGGAGAAUAGCGACUUUAAUAAAUGGCAAAUGUCGAACGGAUAAGGUGGAAAUGUUUAAUGAUAUUAUACUUCCCCGUAUUAAUAAGGAAAGCGAGAUUCCUAUACCAGCCUUAACUAAAGAUGCUAAUUUACAAGAUCUAAAUUAUUGGAUGGCGGGAUUUUGUGAUGCAAACGGUACUUUUAAAAUAAAAAUAAUGAGCGGACCUGAUCCAGAUAUUGAAAUUAAACUCGAAUUUCAAGUUGAACAAGAGGAUGGGGAUGGUUUAACAUCUUUUAAAGAUGCCUUUGGAGGGUUUGUCCGUUACGGGAAUCCUUGUUUUUACAAUUCUGUAGAUUUUGGACCCGCGUAUAAAAUUAUUAAUUAUUUUGACCACUUCCACUUGAAUUCAACCGAACAUGUAAACUACCUAAAAUGGCGUAAGGUUUAUUGUCUGAUGAUGAGCAACGGCCAUCUUAACGGACGCGGGCGUACAAGAAUAGAAAAAUUAUGUAAAAGCUUGACUGCUUAUCCUUAG